AUGGGAUUCAGCACCGCAGCCGAAUUCGACCAGGCCUAUCAUACGGUGCAGGAUACCUUUGCGAGUGGCGCCACCAAGGACAAGGGAUGGCGCCGACAACAGCUCAAACGCACUUGGUGGAUGAUCGAAGAUAAUAGAGAUCGUCUCUGCGCUGCUCUGUACACUGACUUGCACCGUCACAGGCAGGAAAGCAUCAUUGCGGACAUUGGCAUGCUCCAAAAAGACAUUCUGCACACAUUGCAGAAUCUGGACAAAUGGACUCAAGAUGAAAUACCCACGCGAUGGGAUCCAGUCAAUUUUUUAGGCAAUACAAGGGUCCGCAAAGAGCCCAAGGGCGUGGCCCUCAUUAUUGGAGCCUGGAAUUACCCUAUUUUAUUGACCCUCCAACCUAUGGUCGCGGCAAUCGCUGCUGGUUGCGCAAUUAUCGUGAAGCCGUCAGAUAUGGCGCUCGCCUGUCAAGACGUCUUGGUGGAUAUCAUUCCUCAGUAUCUCGAUACGAGUGCUGUCCUUGUUGUCACUGCUGGCGCGCAGGAGAUGCAGCACAUCCUGGACCGCCCUUUUGAUCACAUCUUUUACACCGGAUCAGGCUCCGUUGGCAAGAUCAUCUACGCAGCUGCAGCAAAACAUCUCACCCCAGUCACCUUAGAGCUGGGCGGCCAAGCACCUGCCAUUGUGACACCUGCCGCUGAUAUCGAUCUCUCUGCAAAGCACAUUGCAGCCACCAAAUUCCAGAAUGCUGGCCAGAUUUGCUUGAACGUCAAUCAUGUAAUCGUGGACCCGACGGUCCGCGAAGCCUUCGUGGAGAAACUAGGCCAAUAUUUUGAUACUUUUUUGGGUGGCCGAGAUAACCGACCAGAUUACUAUACCCAUAUCAUAAACGAGCGAAACUUCGAUCGCCUAGACCGCCUCCUGAGGGAAAGCUCCGGUCAAAUUGUAUACGGCGGCCAGAGAGACCGUGCCACCCGAUUCUUCGCCCCAACAAUCGUUACAGGCGUGCAGCCAAGCGACUCUCUCUUUUCCGAAGAGCUCUUUGGUCCGAUUUUACCGAUUCUGGAUGCCGACCUGGACGGUGCCUUUUCGAUUACUCGUAAGACAGGACGUCCGCUGGGCAUCUACGCUUUCACGCACAGCGAAGCAGAGAAACGACGUGUACUCAACGAGACACAAUCUGGAGGCGUGACUUUCAACGACUGCACCCUUCAUGUCCUUCCUAGUGACGCUCCAUUCGGUGGUACCGGCACAUCUGGCUUUGGAUACUACCACGGACCUCACGGGGUACGCGAGUUCUCACAUCUGCGUACCUACAUCAAUGCCAUGCCCUCGUGGGUGGAAGGGCUACUGAGUGCUCGGUAUCCUCCAUAUUCUCUGGAGAAGACCAACGCCCUUUCGCCAAAAGUUACGCCACCCUUUGAUCGAGAUGGAAAUGAUGUUCCUAGCAAUUUGACCAAGUGGGCAUUUGGGCUUGGGACACUCGCGCUUUCGGGUGCUGUUUACCAGCAGCGGCAACAGCUUCUGUCGAUAGCGUCGAAGUUUGUGCAGUAA